CAUCCCUCGAGAAGCUCUCUCGGGUUACUCUGUGUCCGAAGGUCUUGACUGUGGCCUCGAAGACUGGGCCCACCCUUCAGCGUCUAGAACAGCCAGCUCUUCAGAGGGCUGGACUGCAAGUCGACCGAGUACAGCUCGGGCCGGGUGGAUAUCAAGGUGGGAAUCGAGGUAGGUGCACCAUCUGUCCUCUGUAUUCAGGAGCGCUCUGCUAAUUGUAUGCAGAUCAACCAGUAAUUCUCGAUAACGACAACAACCUAGAUGAAGCAGAUGCUGAGGAUGAGGCCGAAGGCGAUGUUGAUACUAGGCGUAUUGAACGGAACGCGAGUUUGCAUAACAUUUUCGCAAUCUCAGAACUCGCCUCAGCACCGACAGAGUCUAUCGAUGUAUCCGGUCCAUGGUAUGACGUCGAGGAGGGGCACUAUAUCGACGAGCCAGCUCCGGAACUUGGGCCUCGCAAGCAGCGCAGUAUACCUUCUGCUCCCGCACAAGCCCAACCCCAGACUCUCCUCCAAUCCUCCAAGCCACUACAAGAUCAGACCAGCCGGCAGAGUGUCGGCAGUAUCGCUCAGAGCGCGUCAGUGGAAUCUACGCUUCACUCCCUCCCCAAGCCUUUCGAUAGCGGCGAUGACGGAUGGACUGAUAAGGAGACGGCUGAACUGGAGAAAGAACUAGGGUUGGCUUGGGAAAAGCAACAAGUGGAGCCAUUAUCGGCCUGCACACCUCCAUCCCCAAGUCCUCGCUCGGUCGAGGAACCACAGAACGAGAUCCAGAGUCGAGAACGCAGCGGAACCACCGGUGGCAUACUAGAAGAGCUACAAGGUG